CUACUAUGAUGUGACAUUUCACAGGCUCUUCGUUUGCAGAGCUGAUACAUGUAUCCCUUGUCAUAGAUGACCUAGACGCGUCUGCACCGCGUAGAGGCGUUGGCAGAUGAGUCAAAGUGGCACGGAGAUGCAAUCGCCGAAUGAGAUGUUACAGCGAGAUGCGAUAGUGGAUCUAUCUGCCGGCCGCCCUGUCUGAGCAGGGGCGUGAAUGGCACGAUGUGGGAACCAUGACCAUUGAAGCGCCUUUGAUAAGACAAAUUCGUCCGCCAACAUCUUCUAAGACACAUUUCUGAAUAGCCUCUUUUUUCCGUUGGAAAGUACCAAGAACGUCCAGAUAACCCAAUCACUCAGCCAACACGAGAACCAAGACUACAACAUGUCCAAGGCAUUCGUUCAACGUCCAGCUCCUGGCUUUAAAGCCAUGACCGUCUUUGCAAAUGGCGAAAUCAAAGAGAUCUCGUUGUCCGACUAUCUAGGCCAAUGGGUUGUCCUUCUGUUCUACCCUAUGGACUUCACCUUCGUCUGCCCGACAGAGAUCAUCCAGUACAACGACGCCCUCUCGCGCUUCCGCGCAAUCAACACGACCGUUCUCGCCCUCUCCACAGACUCCCACUACUCGCAUCUCGCCUGGCAAUCACAGCCGCGAAAGCAGGGCGGACUCGGCGCAGACCUGCAGCUGCCCCUUGUCGCCGACCGCAACCAGAAGAUCUCCCGCGACUACGGCGUGCUGCUCGAGGACGAGGGCGUCGCCCUCCGCGGCCUCUUCAUCAUCGACCCCAAGGGCACACUGAGACAGGUCACAAUAAAUGAUCUGUCGGUCGGACGUAAUGUCGAGGAGACGAUCAGACUGGUCCAGGCCUUCCAGUUUACCGAUGAGCACGGCGAGGUCUGCCCCGCUGGUUGGAUGCAGGGAUCCAAGACAAUGAAGGCAGACCCGAAAGGCAGUCUCGAAUACUUCAAUGGUGUGCCAGACGAGGCUACCAACGGACACACUAACGGCGUCAAGAGGGCGCGUGUCGAGUAACAGAUUCACCGUCAGUAGCAGCGCGUGUGUGAGGAAAAUCAGAUGAUAGGGCUCAUCUGGACCUAUGUAGACAUAGAUGUAGAUAUAGACUAACCUUAGACCAUUGGCGUUGUCUCAUAAGGGCAGCCGCACUAUAGCGGUCCUAUCGGUCACUUUCAGUCUCGAUUUAGUACGUCAAGCGGGUAGAUGCUAAAACCCCGGGAUGCUAGAAAUGGUUUGCCAAUAAAGUUUUACUGGUAUAAUACGGAUUGACCUUGGAAAUUACGAAGGUUCAUGUGGAGUCAUUACACUACAGUGAUCCAACGUUAGUGAAAAGUUUAUAGAUGACAAAGAGUAAGACGGGUAUAACACUACGACGGCAGUGAAUUUGAGUAUCUGAGAAGUUUGAGAAGUCUGUGAUGUAAUUGGGAACUCUUGUACUAUAUUCUUUCAAUUCACGAUAAUCUAC